CUGCGCGGAGAACGAGGCGAUGCGCUGGUAUUCGAGGCAGACGACAGAACGAGGAACGGCGGCUCGCACCCAUGGCCUCUGGUUCAGGACGUCUUCCGCUCCCGGCUGCUGCCCCGUCGAACGACUCCAUGGACUGUAUUCGACUGCUUAUUCGUGCCAUCUACUGUGACUCAUUUCCGCCUAUUCGUUAUUCUGUAUUUACGACAUUCUCCCAUGCCUGAUCUGGUUCUUACAGUUUCCCAUCGCAUUCCACGGCGGCUCCGUCAUCUCAUUGCGCAUCUUGACGGAGCUCGCCGGUUGUUCUCGUAUAACGUAGUUUUCUCAGUGAACUUCUUCGGCGCCCACCGCGAGUCCCAUUCUGAGACCCACCUCCCAGUAUCGGUAGAGGAAUGCAAGCAAAUGUCUCUCCAUCAAAGAUGCUCGCUCGCUGAUGCUCGGACAUGUCCGAAUCCCACGGUGUAUGGCGUACAUCGAACCCGUUGUCUUACGAAUUUUCUUCGGCCCCCUUUGGAUGCUGCGUGGAACAUUCCAUGGUGGUCACCAACUGUUACCUCAUGA